GUCAAAAUUGUAGUAGUGGUAAGAAGCAGAGCAAAAGAGCGUAUCACUAGCAGAAAAGGGCAGAAAAUUUGUGAAAAUAAUUGUAAAAAACAAGACCUGCCACUGCAUGUGCAACUCACAACAUAUUGUGAGCAGACGAUAUCGUAGAAAUGUUAAAAGACAACAGCAAAAACAACACGAAACGCAGAAAUUUGUUAAAGUGAAGGGGGCGCGGUAUAGGAAACACAGCGGAAGAAGGGCAGGUGGCAUUAGUGCGGACCUUCAGACUGCAAAGGACAAAGGGCGAAAGUCACAACAAUAACAACGGAAACAAGCAGAAAGACAUUUAGAUAGACACCAUGGAUGCGGAUGGACUGACAAAUGAGCAAACAGAGAAGGUGCUACAGUUCCAGGAUUUGACAGGGAUUGAGGAUAUGAAUGUGUGUCGCGAUGUCCUUAUACGACAUCAAUGGGAUCUGGAAGUUGCUUUUCAAGAGCAAUUGAACAUACGCGAAGGCCGUCCUACUAUGUUUGCAGCCUCGACGGAAGUGCGUGCGCCGGCCGUCAUCAAUGAUCGUUUCCUGCAACAAAUCUUCUCGGCCAACAUGCCUGGUGGUAGGACCGUGAGUCGCGUUCCAAGCGGUCCAAUACCGCGUAGCCUCACGGGUAUUAUCAGCUAUGUGAUCAAUAUCGUAUUCCAAUACUUUUACUCGACGAUAUCGAGCAUUUGUAGUGCAUUUGUCAACUUUGGUGGCGGAAAUGAGCCUCGGAUUGUCACAGACCCCUUGGGCGAUGUGAUGAAGUUUAUACGGGACUUCUACGAACGAUAUCCGGAACAUCCCGUUUUUUACCAAGGCACUUAUGCCCAGGCAUUAAAUGAUGCUAAGCAGGAGCUGCGCUUUUUGCUCGUCUAUCUGCACAAGGAUCCCAGCAAGAAUCCGGACGUUGAUUCAUUUUGCCGCGAGACACUAGCCGACCGUUCCGUUAUUGACUACAUUAACACACACACACUGCUCUGGGGUUGUGACGUGUCCACGCCCGAGGGAUAUCGCGUUAUGCAGUCUAUUACGGUGCGCAACUAUCCUCUGAUGAUAAUGAUAAGUUUGCGAGCGAAUCGCAUGGUUAUUGUGGGACGUUUUGAAGGCGACUGCACGCCAGAGGAGCUGUUGCGUCGUCUCCAGGCUGUGGUAGCGGCUAACGAAGUAUGGCUAAGUCAGGCGCGUGCAGAUCGAUUGGAGCGUAAUUUUACACAGACCCUGCGACGCCAGCAGGAUGAGGCGUACCAGCAGAGCUUACGGGCCGAUGAGGAGAAGGAGCGUCAGCGUCAAAUCGAAAGAGAUGCGGCACGACAACUUGUAGAGGCUGAGGAGCGUGCACGUCGAGAUGUGGAGCUACGCAAGGAGGAAAUUUCUAGGCAGAAAAUUGAGCUAGCCACGCUGGUUCCGGCUGAACCGUCGCCCGAUUCGAUUGACACUAUUGCUGUCGUCUUCAAAAUGCCCAGUGGAAUGCGCCUGGAGCGACGUUUUCGUCAGACAGAUUCGAUUUUGGAUGUUUACCGGUUUUUGUUUUGUCAUCCCGAAUCUCCGGAUGAAUUCGAAAUAACAACGAAUUUUCCCAAACGUGUGCUCUACUCCAAGUCGACUUUGGAUGCAGGCGCUGAGGGCUCCGCCCACAAGACUCUUAAGGAGGUAGGUCUAAAGAAUCGCGAGGUGCUCUUCGUUAAUGAUCUGGAGGCGUAACCAAACGACACCACCAAAGCGGAAGCAGCAGCGUUCCGUUCAACGUCCUCACAUGUUUGAGGCGUUGUUAAUACCGGCUGGAGCAAACAACAAUUGAGAAUAGAUAUGUUCAGCUCACAAUUGUGUGAAAUAUUCCUAAUUUAAUCUGAAUACACAUACAUACAACAUAUAUGAUUGUUUAACAAUUUGCUUAAGUUAA